AUGGUCAGCGCCGUCCUCGACAGACUUCUCGAAUCUCACGAGAAAGUAGAACAAGCCAGCACAAACACCAGACUAGCAGCAUCCUCAUCACUUGAAACAAUCUCAAAGACUGUCAGCCCAGCAGCCGACACGAUGACGGUCACUCAAAUCAUCUCGACCGUUGUUCCCAGCGAGCCCAAGCCAACGAACGGCUUACUCGUCAAAGGAGCCAAUGGUCACAAAGUGACCGUUACCAUCGAGACAAAGCGUCUCGAAAAAGACAGUCUCGGUCAGCUUGAGCUCCCAGACGAUGUUCUCUACGGUAUCAACACAUUCCGCGCCAUCGAAAACUUUCCUCUCUCAGGACGACCCAUCGCCACCUGGCCAGACUUCAUCUACGCGUUUGCUGUAAUCAAGCAAGCAGCAGCCCGUGCUAAUUAUGAAGUCGGUACUAUCACAACUGAGCAGGCCAACGCCAUUUCCGAGGCAUGCGAAGAGGUCAAAACUGGAGUCCAUGACAAGCAUUUCGCAGUUGACAUGAUGGAGGGUUCUGGCGGAACUUCUACCAACAUGAACGUCAACGAAGUCAUCGCCAACAUUGUUGCCAAGAACUCAGGCCGGGCUCUUUCUGAUUACACGUUUGUUCAUCCCAACGAUCACGUCAACAUGGGACAAUCUACGAAUGAUGCUGUACCCUCAGCCAUGAAGCUUGCCGUGUAUCGUGCCAUGGAGGGUGUUUUGGACGCGCUCCAAGGGCUUGCGGAUGCAUUUGCUGUGAAGCGCCUGCAAUACUCUACUCUUCUUCGUCUUGGAAGGACUUGUCUCCAGGAUGCUCAGCCUAUGACUUACGGUCAGGCUCUUGGUGCUCAUGAGGCGGUCAUUCGCAGACAUCGACAGCACCUCAGCACGAUCCGUGACUCAUUUCUAGUGCUCCCCAUGGGCGGCACUGCAAUUGGCACCGGAUUCGGAUCUAAGUCUGGGUACAAAGCAGCAGUCUUCAAGCAUCUUUCCUCCUCGCUGGGGGUUGCAGUGCAGCCAUGUAGCGACGCGUUUGAUGGCAUGCAGAACAUGGACACUUGUGCACGUCUCUCAGCUGAGCUGCGAAACACUGCCAAUAGCUUGUGGAAGAUCGCAAACGACAUGAUUCUGCUCUCUUCGGGACCCAAUGGCGGUAUUGCUGAGAUUACUCUCCCGCCCGUCCAGGCAGGCUCUUCCAUCAUGCCCGGCAAGGUCAAUCCUGUGAUUCCCAUUGCGGUUUGUCAAGUGGCAUUGGCCAUCACUGGAAAUGAUGCUGCUGUUUCCAUGGCAUGUCAACAGGGAAUGCUGGAAAUCAAUCACUAUGAGCUUCUGGUUUGCGACCGACUGUUCGACAGCAUACAACUUCUCAAGAGCGUGUCCAAGACAUUCGCCAAGCGAUGCGUCGAGGGCCUCAUCGCAAACAAGGAGACGUCAGAGAAGCAUCUUCUUGACGCGAGUGCACUUGCAACAGCUCUUGUCCCGAGCCUUGGCUAUGCCAAAGUGUCAAGCAUCGUGAGAUCGGCUCUGGCUGAGGAGCGCCCGUUUCUGGACGUGGUGGUAGAGCGGGGUUUGCUGAGGCAGGAUGAUGUUUUAGGUGUUCUGGAGUGUUCGGUUUUCAUUGAGUAA